AAGACCCGGAGCAGUGUUUCUCAACCUUGGCAGCUUUAAAAUGUGUGGACUUCGCACAUUGUUGGACGGGGUAGCUAGAGCUGAAGUCCAUAUGUCUUAAAAUUGUUAAGCUUGAGAAACACUGCACUGGAGGAUGCCACCUCCCACAGACAUUUAUUGCAGGAUGAAUUAUUGGACGGAUUGCUGUUUAGAGAGAUUAAAAUUUUUAACUAUUGAACUUGGACACAAAAAGCACAGGAAACUCGAGAUUCAAUGAGCAUAGAUAAGAAGCGAUCCUGCCCUGGUCCUAGCUUGAGUGCAGUUUGUGCGAGAUAAUGCAAACUGUGAAACGUUGUGAACUGGAAGGGUAACAACAAGAAAUCUGAGAUCUGUUCUGGUGGGUAGAAGCACAGAACAAAGGCUUCGCCCGGAAGAGCCACGUAUUCCUGCCAAAGAUUUUUAAGAAAAUGUCCUCCCAGCCCAAAGAGCGUCCUGAGAGUUUGCAGUUCCCCUUUCUGGAUGACGAUGAAACGAUUUCCACCAUUCGGGAAUCAAAAACUUUUUUUGUUCUCCGAGGUCUACCGGGCAGUGGAAAAUCUACCUUGGCGCAGGCCAUCCAAGACAAGUAUAAGGAUGCUUGCAAAGUCAUUUCGGUUGACCACUACAAAAUCCAGCCUGCUAUCCGGAGUGCCAUUCCUGAUGAUUACAGCAAGGUUGAUGAGGAUCUAGCUAACUAUUGCAAGCGUGACAUCAGUGUGAUGGUGGUAGAUGACACGCAUCAUGAACGGGAGCGACUAGAGCAGCUUUUUGACAUUGCAGACAAAUAUCGCUACAAAGUCGUCAUUGUGGAACCCAAAACUUCAUGGAAAAUGGAUUGCUUGCAGCUGAAGGAUAAGAAUCAGUGGAAACUUUCAGCUGAUGAGCUAAAGAAAUUGAAGCCCAGUUUAGAAAAGGACUUCCUUCCCUUGUAUUAUGGAUGGUUUUUAAGUAAAAGGAGCUCAGAGAACUUGCGGAAGACAGGGCAGGCAUUUUUGGAUGAGCUUGCUAAUAUUAAGGCCUUCAAAAAAGAGUCAAAUAAAUACUUUGGGCAACCGCCUGAAGAACCCAAACUGAAAAUUGAUCUGACCAGCUACUUUGUGAAAAGGCCUCCAGGGGUUUUGCAUUCCACAACUAAAUUCACUGACUUUGGGAAGGCUCCAGGAGCAGACGAUUAUGCACAGCAAGAUAUUGUGAAGACCUCUUAUGGAAAAUCUUUUUUCCUAACCAUAUCUGCUCUAUUCAUCACCCCAAGAACUGCUGGUGCCCGUGUGGAAAUGAGCGAACAACAAAUGCUUCUGUGGCCUGGGGAUGUGGAUGUGCUACAGCCAGCAGUCAGCCUCCCAAAAGGCAGCCGAGCCCAUAUCACUCUAGGCUGUGCCAGUGGGGUAGAAGCUGUCCAAACUGGCCUUGACCUUCUUGAAUUUGCAAAACUGGAAAAGGCAGGGAACAAAGGCGAGGAGAUUGGGGAUAUUGGUGGUGGGAAACUUUUGUCCUUUGGGAAUGGCAUGUGGAUGCUUUUGCUUUCAAAAAAGAUUGAGGUGAGGGCCAUUUUUGGUGGAUACUAUGGAAAGGGAAAACUGGUGCCAACUCAAGGAGUUAGUAAACGAGGAUCACCCUUUAAUUCCUGUAUCAUCAUCUAAGGGCUCUUUCUUGUGCCAUCUGCAGCCUUGUUUUCGCAUGAUAUAACGUGUAACGUUUUGUAAACUCCUCUCCAUUACAACACAAAUGGUAGUAUCCUACAACUAAAGCAAUUUCUUAAUUUUAGUGAUGUCCUUUUCUAAGGAAUAUUUCUUGACCUUCAGAGGCCUGGAUUCCUCAAAUGGAAAACUUUUUUAUACCUUUCAAAUUAAUACAACUGAAUCUAUUCCAGCCUUUUGAAGUUUACUUUUCUUAGUAUAGAGAAAUAGCCUUUCCAAGUUUGCCAGAACUGGGUCUGUUCCUGUGCUGUAAUCUACCUGAUUCCCUUACAGCUACAUUACAGUUACAGCAGGAGGGGAUUGUGCCACUUCAGAGCCCAGGGAAAGCAUGAGGGGCAAAUAGAACCACCUUUCCUCAGUGAUUCCUGACAUAAAAACUCCCUGAGAAUAGAAACCUAACACUGUAGGUAACCCUAAAGACAGAACUUUAUACUGUUCUAUUUUCAGCAAAGGUAUUGGAGGGAGGGGAGGGAAAAUAUUUAAAAAUUCACGAUCCACCUUUUGCAUCCUCACAUCAUCUUUUCAUUUGAAUUCAAAUUCAGGAUAGACUUAGAAAGCUUGGAUCAGUUAUACCGCUGCUCAUAGUCUGAAAACACCAUGACAAAGUUAAGUGAAUAUGUAUUGCAAAAUCUUAGGAUUAAAGCGUUCAGAUUCACUUCUCAAGUUAGCCACAGAGUAACUAGUUGGUUUCAAGAAACCUCUUCACAGUUGAGAUUCAGAAUCAAGGGCGGCCAUUCCUGAUCAAUUUCAGCUUGAUGUAAAGAGGAAAUAGAUGUUAUCUUUCUGGUUUGUAAUUGAAUAUUCAAAGGAUUCACUUCUAAAAUGAAGUAUAAGGCCUCACUAUUUUGAUUGAACAUAGUAAGAUCUUGCUAGCACUCCAAAGCAAGUACCAGGUGCCUUUUCCCAGAUUUUUUUUAAAACGGGAAGUGUGAAGCCUCCCGCUAUGUAAUUUUAUGAGCUUUUGAAACAUAAGCCAAGCAUUAAUAGAGGCCUAUACUUUAAUGGAAAAAUCUUGUUAAUGUGCAACUCAGAUUCCUAGCUUUUCAUGUCUUAGUUUUGUGCCA